AUGUCAGCCACGAGCCCAGAGAAGUCUCUUCUAGUCCACGAUGCCAGUUUGCAUCUCCCACGCAUCCUCUGCCUCCACGGGGGUGGGACCAACGCGCGCAUCUUUCGCGCCCAGUGCAGAGCCCUCACCAACCACACCCGGGAUGAAUACCGCUUCGUCUUUGCAGAGGCGCCGUUUCCCUCCAACUCCGGCUCCGACGUCCUCGCAGUUUACAGCCAGUGGGGGCCUUUCCGCCGCUGGCUCCGCUGGCGACGGGAGCACCCGGACAUCAUGCCCCAGGACGCGGUGGCCGCAAUCAACGAAUCGCUCCUAGCUGCGAUCCGGACAGAUGACCGCUCGGGGGCGACGGGAGAGUGGAUCGGCAUCUUAGGCUUCAGCCAGGGGGCGAAAGUCGCCGCAAGUCUGCUGUACCAGCAACAGACGCGGCCUUCCGAGCGCAACGCUCUCCCGAGGUUCCGCUUUGGCGUGCUCCUGGCGGGGCAGGGUCCACUCGUGUCGCUGGAAGUUGAUCCGGAGGUGAUCCGCUCUUCGGGAAUGCCGGACGCUGGGCAAAUCACAGAUGCCAGUUUAGAGAAUGAGGCGGUUUGGUGGGGGCGGGCGAAGGGGAAUGUGCUGCGGACACCGACUCUGCAUGUACACGGUUUACGAGAUCCUGGCUUGGAACGCCAUAGGCUGCUGUUUGAGGAGUUCUGUCAUGCAAAGACCAGGAGAGUAUUACAAUGGGAUGGGGAUCACCGUGUGCCGAUCAAGUUGAAGGAUGUGUUGCAAGUCAUUCAGCAGAUUCGGGAAUUGGCCAGGGAGACGGAUGUAGACAAUUAG